AUGCUCUUCGAAGCCCUCAUCGUAUACGCCUCUUUAACCAUGGCUUUCGCCGCUCCUUUCUAUAAUUACACUCGUUGCGCAAACCACUACAAUUCGACACAGCUUCAGGCAAUGGAGGCACGAUACACACAAGACCUCUCAGCUGCUGAAGCGUCAGGAAGCUUUCAGCGUUUGGCGCCACCUUCUACUGCUUCUGCUAGAUCAUCUUUGGGGCGAUACGAUGCCGAACUGUUCACGUUGCGAUCGAUGCACUCAACGAGCAUUACGGGGGAAACCGAUUUUUGGUUUGUCCUCGAUCGUACGACCCGCACAAAAAACAAGACGUGGUUUAACAAAGUCAACGUGCGUUCUCCGCUACAAGACGACAUGAAGAAGCAGCUCCAUGUCGGCGAUGCGCGCACGCUCAACGUCUAUACUGUCAACUUUCCAACUGCCGGGUUUCUUGGAUAUGCACCGUAUCCUCAAUUCUACGCACAAGCACCAUGGGACGACGGGGUGGUAAUCAAGCAUAGCUCUGUGCCCGGGGGAGCUGCUGUGAGCUUCAACCAAGGCAAAACACUGACGCACGAAGUUGGACAUUGGCUUGGCUUAUUACACGUGUUCAACGAGGAUGGAAAAUGUGUUGAUUGGGAUUUUGUGUCCGACACGCCCGUGCAAUCAACUUGGACGGAAGGGUGCCCCACGUCAAAGGAUAGCUGUGAUGGUCUUCCUGGGGAAGACUCAAUUCACAACUUCAUGGACUACAGCACGGAUGCUUGUUUGACGGAAUUCACGCCUGGGCAGAUUGCUCGGAUGUAUACACAGUCCAAUCUUUAUCGCAAAUUCAGUUGGGAACUAUGCCGACCUUUUGAUUGGCCAAUUCUUACUAGAGUUCCCACUAUAACGCGUCCCAUUGUCACUGCAAUCGCGACUGCUGUGAUCCCGGUCAUUCCAGUGAUACCUGGACAUGGACUAGGUCCUGCUCCAGUUGAGUAA